AUGUCUAGAUCCUACGACCGCGCUCUUACCGUUUUCUCGCCCGAUGGCCACUUGUUUCAGGUCGAAUAUGCAGCUGAGGCAGUCAAGAAGGGUACUUGUGCAGUAGGUGUGCGUGGAAAGGACGUAGUAGUCCUCGGUGUGGAGAAGAAGACGGUAUUGCAAUUGCAAGACCCACGUACAGUACGAAAGGUUGUGAUGCUGGACGAUCACGUUUGUCUAGCCUUUGCUGGAUUGACCGCGGACGGACGUGUAUUAAUUGACAAGGCGCGCGUCGAGUGCCAGAGUCAUCGCUUGACGGUCGAGGAUCCAGUGACGGUCGAGUACAUCACACGGCACAUUGCUGGUAUUCAACAGAAAUACACACAAUCCGGCGGUGUCCGCCCAUUCGGUAUCUCAACUCUCAUCGUCGGCUUCGACCCCAAUGACACCCGACCACGCCUAUACAUGACCGAACCGAGCGGCAUCUUCAGCGCCUGGAAAGCAAACGCCAUCGGCCGCUCCUCUAAAACCGUCCGCGAGUUCCUCGAGAAGAACCACAAAGACGACCUCACGCGCGACGAGAGCAUCAAGCUGACCGUCAAAUCCCUGCUCGAGGUCGUGCAGACCGGCGCGAAGAACAUCGAGAUCAGCGUGAUGGAGAGCUAUGGGAAGAUCACGAACUUGCAGUUGGAGCAGAUCGAGGAGAUUGUGCAGGAGAUUGAGCGUGAGAAGGAGGCUGAGGCUGAGAGGAAGAGGACGAGGUUGGCGGCUACGGCUGCGGGGCAGGCGGCUAUGGCUUCGAGGGCGACGGACACUCCUGGUGCAUGA